AUGAUAGCUGAAAUCACUGAACAAAUAAAGAAGAUUCGUAGUCAAAUGCUUAUAACCCAGAACCGCCAGAAGAGUUAUGCUGAUCAAAGGCGAAAGCCUUUGGAAUUUGAGGAAGGGGAGCAUGUUUUUUUUCUGAAAGUUACACCAACCACUAGAGUAGGAAGAGCUAUUAAGACUAAGAAACUGAAUCCCCGUUAUAUUAAAUCAUUUGAGAUCUUGAAAGGAAUUGGGCUAGUAGCUUAUAGGAUUGCCUUACCACCGUAUCUUUCAAAUUUGCACGACGAGUUUCAUGUGUCACAGAUUCGGAGAUAUACUCCUGACGCAAGUCAUGUUCUGAAACCGGAACCGAUUCAAGUGAGGGAAGAUCAAAUACCUCCAGUAAUUCCGAUAAGGAAUGAUGACACCAACAUUAAACGAUUACACAAGAAAAGAAUAUUAUUGGUAAGAGUAAUGUGGAGUCGAGUUGGUAUUAAGGAACACACUUUAGAACUCGAAUCAAAUAUACGGAAGGAUUACCCACAUCUUUUUUCAGAUAACUACUAA